GCCCACGUUGCUUUUUAUGAAUUAUUGUUCACUAACCUUGAACAAACAACGACAAAAAGCCCAACCCAACUAUUUUGCCCUAACCCAAACCCAUAUUAUUUACCGCCAUCUCGAUACAAUCGAAGACCCAUAAAUUCACAAUUUCCCGCCAAAUCCAUCUCACCAGAAAAAUAUCCACGGGCCCACGGGGUAAUCUGUGCUUACUCAAGGUUUCUCAAAAUCCAUACGAAUCCUCGUUCAGCUGCCGGCGAGUGCUGGAAGACGAAAGUCUACGAGCAACAGAAAAUGGAAACUCAAAGACCUCGAUCGUUAUUUGAAGAUCUGAAACUAAGAGAAGUCCAUGGAUUCAGAGUAAUAAAACGCCCCUAUGCUACCGCAGAUUUGAAAAAUUCGUAUCAUUUUAGCACAGAGGCGAGCCUUCCUUCUGCAAGACGAGCACCGAACAGCCACGCCAUAGCUCUUGCCAACAAGUGGGGUUAUGUUAAUUUGUUUGAUACUAGGAAGAGGUUUUUGGAGUCGUGUUCUUACCAAGAAAAUGCAGUUUGGGACAUACAAGAGCAGAAAUGCAUAAGAGCACUAACCUGGCACACGGGAAGUGUGAAAUCCAUCAGUUCCCAUCCCAGUAAUCAGGACCUUAUUGUUUCUGGCUCAAGAGAUGGAUCAUUUGCAAUAUGGGACACCAGAUUCCAUUUGAUAAAAUGCGUGGGGUUCAUAAUUUUUCUGAUCGAAGACAUUGCAGGAGAGGGAAGUGUUAUUAAGUUCUGGGACACAAGGCAUCUUAAAGGUCCAGUAAUUUGUGCAUGUCCCAAGCCCGAGUCAUCAACAAAGGUGAGUUUUACUCUACAUAAUGAUGGAAAUAUUAAGCGUUGCUUUCGAAAGAGAUGGAUAAAAACCAAAAAAAGAAGUCAAGGCCACUAU